UAAAUCCAUCGUUAUACCGCAGGCAAUUCUUUUCCUUCUUUCUCCAAUCCUGCAAACUUCUCUCCUUGAGAGUCUCACUCACACCUUUGUUUCUCAAUGCUCUAACACUUUCGAGCGAAUCGCAACAGGCGACUUCAUUGCGCACCGUUCGCUCGUGACCGUUCGAGCAACGAGGUUCCGAUGUACAGGUUUUUUGUCUCUUUUAUUUACAAAUUUAAAUUAAAUAUAUAUUUUUGAUAUCAUGAUAAAUUAAUCUUGAAGUAUUUUUAAAAUAAUUCAUAACAAAAUAUAAUUUUUUUCUUUGCGGAAAUCACAAUUGAAAUUUUGUGUAACAGUGAAUAAUUUUAAUAGUGAUAAGACAACAGUUGUAAAACAACAUAAAAGGAGUGUGAUUUUUAUUGCAGUGUUUUCAAAAAUUUUUGAAAAUAUUUUACAUAUUUAUUUGUGGUGAAGCAGAAGAAAAAAGAUUUGUAAAAUGUCUGAGUAUUGUGAAUACAUGUGGGAUACUACAAGAGGUCAUAUGAGUUCGGCUCUUGCACGGAGUAUUUAUGAAGAGGAAGCUAGAUUUGACAAACGUGACAAGAAACUGGCCAUUAAGACUGUUCGAGCAAUAUUACGUGAAAUGCCGGAUGUAGACUUGAAGCAUUGCACGGAUGAAUAUAUUACGCGUUUCCUGUUGGCCCGGAAAUAUCGCACAGAACAAGCUGCUGCCCUGAUAGCUGCUUAUCAAGCGCAAGUAGCACAUCGACAGGAUAUCUUCGGUAAUCUCACGGCUAGAGAUCCAGCCUUACAACGCGCACUUCGGGCAGGAAUACCAGGUGUACUUCCUGCACGCGAUAGAAAAGGAAGAUGCGUACUUGUUAUUUUAGCUUCACAAUGGGAUCCGAUCGCAGUACCGGCAUUAUCAGUUCAACGAGCUAUUUUUUUAGUUCUAGAAAUACUUAUACAAGAUCCAAGAAAUCAGCAAUCUGGUUUCGUGGCAGUAGUAGAUUGGAGCGGAUUCUCUUUACGACAGGGCGGUGCCUUAGGUGCAGCGGCAUUGCGAAACCUAAUAGCUGCUCUUCGGGGACGAUUUCCGGCUAGAUUCAAAGCUAUACAUUUCUUAUCAGCGCCACUUUACGUUCAAGCUACAUUGGCUCUUGUAAAACCUUUUUUAGACGAAAAAACUCGAAAUAAGAUCUAUUUACAUGGAAACAAUUUGAGCACACUACAUGAACACCUGCCCACUGAUAUUUUACCAGCAGAACUAGGUGGCACAGGACCUGCAUUUAAUCCAGGAUUAUGGGCUGAACCAGUUAUUCAUUCGGCAAUGAAAGAAGCUGAACUGGCUGCGAUAAAGAAAGAAAAAGAACAGGCUGAAAAUGUAGAGCAAUUUUGCGAUAAAACAUUCGAGUCCGGAAACAUAGAAAGUCACAAAAGAAAUGAAGCAGACUCUAUAAAAUCGAACAAUGGUAUGAAUAGAGAAAAUGGAAGGCGAUUUUUCAAUCCCUUCAGUAAUUCUACAAAAAAUCAGACUUCAAAGAAAACCGAAGGAACAAACGUAGAACUGAAUCUAAUUAAUCGCACUAAUGGAUAUGCGGAAAGAAAAGAAAAUAAUAAAAUAAUAAAGGAAGAUGAGAAUUCUUAUUUUAAGAAUAAAGAUAAACUGUUAAGCAAUGAUAAUAUAAAUUAUUUUGAUGAUAAAACAGAACAGUAUAAAGAUGCAAAGGAUAAUUUAUUAAAAUCUCAAUCUGAAAAAAAUUUAAAUGAAUACGAAAUCUCAAAUAGACCCGACAGUGAUGAUAGUAAGGAUAAUUCAUUGGAUAACAGAUCGGAGAAUGCAUUAAUUGAUUCAGGUAAAAUCGAAACUCUUUCAGAAGAAACAAAUCUCAUAACGUAAUAUUAGUUUUCUCGAUUUUUAGGCUAAAACAAAUUAAUGAAAUAUUACGUAAAAAGUCUUGGCAUUUUGAU